UUCCAUCUCUCUCUGUCCGACUCUCCUUUUCCCUCCCUGCUUUGAAUUAAGGUAGUCGUGGUUUUUAUAUGGACGUUUCCUCGCAGUAAUAGCCUACUCCAGCUUUAAGGAUUCAGCAGAUACUAAUUUUGCCUUUCAGUCAUCGUCUGACAAUAUGGAUUACGAAUGUCAUUGUGUAGAUAACAACAAUGGGCAGCCUAGCGCUAUCCUGUACCAUAUUCUCAGCCGAACGGACAACGACGAGCCGACCCAUAACAACCUGAAUUGUAACUUGGUCGCGCACAAAUGUCAUUGUGACACGAGACGGACUGUUUGCCUGAAAACGCCAAAAGAGACGUGUCAGGUCGCUUCAGGCGUGUUGGUGAAAACCAUUCAUUUUAUGAAGAGCCUUCCGGCUUUUCAACAACUGCCACUGAAAGAUCAAUUGACCUUACUCCAGAAUUGCUGGGCACCGCUCUUCAUACUGGGUCUCGCGCAGGAAAGAGUGAGUUUUGACGUAACCGAUACGCCGGCUCCUAGCAUGCUGAAAAGAAUACUUCUCAAUCACCGAGAAAGCCAUGACUCCGACCGCGAACAACCCACCUUGGCAGGAGUGGAGAAAAUCAUGUCUUGCCUCAAGAAGUUUUGGAGCUUGGAUUUAAGUCCAAAGGAGUAUGCCUACCUCAAGGGCACCAUCAUAUUCAAUCCUGAUGUCUCAGAUUUGAAGGCCUCUUUGUUCAUCGAGGGUCUCCAACAAGAGGCUCAGCACGCUCUAAGGGAAGUCGUUUUCCCGCUUCAUCCCGAGGACAGAGGCCGUUUUGCUCGAAUUCUUCUCACUGCCUCGUCUUUGAAAACCAUCACGCCGUCCUUAAUCACAGAACUCUUCUUCCGGCCAGUCAUUGGACAGGCGCAUCUUUUGGACCUGCUUGUCGAAAUGCUUUUCACGAGGUAGUGAGCAUUCUGAACACCGAAUCCGGUGAAUCCUCGAACAUUGUAUGAAUGCUCAUCUCUAAACAGAAAGCUGGGACUAGACAAAGAACAUACGCCCUUUGUAACAAGGGCUGGACAAUGGAUAUUCGAAAAAGAUGUAGUUGAGAAAAACUUGUGGGUUACUUUAACCAUGUUUGAAUCGUUACAAAUUACAUUUUUUUUUAUUGUUUAUGCUCAAAGAUGAAUUUUUCUACCCCAUGGCAGAUUAUAAUCAAGGUCAUAUGUCAGUUUUGUUUAUUUUUCUAGUUUUUAUACACUGUGCUGGACAGUAAUUCUGAUCAGAGUUAUAAUGCCGUGUUUUAUACUAUGAUACUGUGGUUUGACAUUAGUUUUGUAAGCUUGUUUCUUAAAGUCCAAUAAAUAUUGUGCCCCAAAACAGGAAAACAUAU